AUGAAGAUAUUAGUGAUAACAUGUUUAAUGGUUCUUACCUUAGCUACCCCUUUAGACAAAAUCUAAAAGAUUAAUGUUCCUUGUAUUGAAGAAAUUGGUUACCUCACCAAAGAUCUAUUUGUAUUUGGCUUAGACAUUGCAAGACAUAAAUUCUGUAGAGAAGUUAAAGAUGUUGUCGUCAUCAUUAUGGAAAUUGUCAAAUUAAAAAAGGCUUGCUCAUCAUCUGAUAACUAAGCUAUUUUAGAAUAACAUAAUCAAACUUUAACAUGUUUACAAAAUUCACUUGAUAUUGCUGAAGAUGCUUAUAAUGCAUAUAACACUUUUACUUAAAGUGGAUUCACUGAUGAUUUCAUUGAUUAAACAACCAAUAUCUAAUAAUAACUAGUAUCCACUUUAAGUAGAUGUAGUGCAAAAACUAAAUUACUUGAAGACAUCUUUCCUGCUCAUUGUAUAAACGUCAUGAAUGAUAUGGCCAGAGAUGCUCUAUCUAUUAAAUAAUAAAGACAUCAACCUUGGAAGAUUAUUGAAGGAUUGAUCUCUAUGGGAGAAAAUUAUCAAGUUGCUAAACAACAUUGCCCAUUUAUGAAUUGAAUUGAACAUUACAAAUAUAAAAAC